CCCGGCACCUGGCGGCGCGCCCCGCGCGCUCCCGCCGCCCGUCCACCUCCACAUGCACACACCCGCGGCGGGAGGAGCGGCAUCUCCCUCGCCGUCCUCCUUUCUCCAAUUUCAUUUCCUCCGGCCUCUCGCCUCCUCCCGAUUCUUUUUAUUUUGUUUUUAAUCGUAUUCUCCGUACGAUUCUCCGCCGGGCUGCUCCAGCCCGCCGCCGCCGGGAGAGACUGCGCUGCACGCCGGGGGGGUCCCCGCGGCUCCUCGCAAGGUUGCUGAUACUGUGGCUGCCAUUUACCCACCAGAUCCCAAACAAACACUAACAUUUCAAGAAACACUUGGAUACGUACAGUUCCUUACCCAAGAUGCCGUUCAAAGCCGGAUUAGAACUGACUGAAUUACAGAAUAUGACUAUCCCUGAAGAUGAUAACAUCAGCAAUGAUUCAAAUGAUUUCACAGAGGUGGAAAAUGGCCAGAUAAAUAGCAAGUUUAUUUCGGACCGAGAAAGCAGGAGAAGUCUCACAAACAGCCACUUGGAAAAGAAGAAAUGUGAUGAAUAUAUUCCAGGUACGACUUCUUUGGGAAUGUCUGUCUUCAACCUCAGCAACGCCAUCAUGGGCAGUGGCAUUUUAGGCCUCGCUUUUGCAUUGGCCAACACAGGAAUCGUCCUUUUUUCGCUGCUUUUGGUUUCUGUGACAUUGCUGUCUAUUUAUUCAAUACAUCUCCUGUUGGUGUGUUCAAAGGAAACAGGCUGCAUGGUAUAUGAAAAGCUUGGUGAGCAGGUUUUCGGUACCCCAGGGAAAAUGAUUGUCUUUGGAUCUACAUCUCUUCAAAACAUUGGAGCAAUGCUGAGCUAUCUCUUCAUAGUCAAAAAUGAGCUGCCUUCUGCCAUAAAGUUUCUAAUGGGAAAAGAAGAAACUUUUUCGGCAUGGUACGUGGAUGGGCGGAUUCUUGUUGUUGCAGUGACGUUUAUUAUCAUCCUCCCUUUAUGUCUCCUUAAGAACUUAGGGUAUCUUGGCUAUACCAGUGGAUUUUCAUUAAGCUGUAUGGUAUUUUUCCUGAUAGUGGUUAUUUACAAGAAGUUUCAAAUUCUCUGUCUCGAAUCGGCGCUAAAUGCAACAUCUCCUAUCCUAUCAAAUAGCUCAGCACAUGAGCAUAUGUGUAAGCCAAAGUAUGUUAUCUUUAAUUCCAAGACUGUGUAUGCUUUGCCCACCAUCGCUUUCGCGUUUGUGUGCCACCCAUCGGUCCUUCCAAUUUACAGCGAACUUAAAGACCGUUCACAGAAAAAAAUGCAGUUGGUUUCAAAUAUCUCAUUUUUUGCCAUGUUUGUGAUGUACUUUCUGACUGCCAUAUUUGGCUAUUUGACUUUCUAUGAAAAUGUGCAGUCAGAUCUGCUUCACAAGUACCAGAGUAAAGAUGACAUCCUCAUCCUGACGGUGCGCUUGGCUGUGAUUGUUGCAGUUAUACUCACAGUGCCAGUGCUGUUUUUCACUGUGCGUUCAUCGUUAUUCGAGCUGGCAAGAAAAACAAAAUUUGACAUAGGCCGUCAUGUUUUGGUUACUUUUUUUCUUUUGGUUAUCAUCAACCUGUUAGUCAUUUUUAUCCCAACCAUGAAGGAUAUUUUUGGAGUCGUAGGGGUCACUUCUGCGAAUAUGCUGAUUUUCAUUCUUCCUUCAUCACUGUAUUUGAAAAUUACGCAUCAGGAUGGAGCAAAAUUUACUCAGAGGAUUUGGGCUUCCCUUUUCUUGGUACUGGGGAUAAUGUUUUCCCUAGUGAGCAUCCCAUUGGUCAUCUACGACUGGGUACAGUCAGGAGGUAGUACAGAAGGCAGCGACUGAAGUUGACCUUCUGAAAAGGAGACAUGCCUGUUUGCUACACACCAAAAUCACAACCAUCCGUUCUGUUAUCUAUUCUACCUUUUGUGAGUUUAUUCAAAUCAAAUCCAAAUAAUGAUUUUCCAGUACUGGAAAUGCUGUUUUGGGUGUAUUUUCUUGCAGAAAACAGACCCGUUAUUCCAACAGGCAUAUCACUCUGUCCCACAAUACUGAGUUAUCAGAUCAGCGUAAAUUCUAUAUUGUCUGCAAGACUGUAUAGAGUAUUGCUCAUAGGAAUUCAUCACAACUUGUUUUUCCUCUUCCACCCAUGAACUGCAUUGUUCUGUUAUUAUUCUUAGCCCUUGAACCAUGAGCUCUGCUCCUUUAGAGCAGCAGCAUUUGUUAUCAGUUCCAGCUGGAGUGAUUAUCCCAAAUGUCAUCAGUUCACUCCCUUCCCCAUUGCAUUUUAACAAAAACUGCUCUCAAAUUGUAUGCAUUCAGUUUGUUUCUUUGUUUUUGUGCUGUUUUGUACACCAUUUGCCUCACCAACUAAGUGUAGCAUUCUGGAUAUGGAUACAAAAAGCACCACCAGAGCAUAAAUGAGCGCUGUAUAAACUUAGGUCCUAAAUCUGGUGCUUCUCUCUGUAAUGUUGCAGUGGAGGAGCCAGCCUUAGGCUUGGCUCAUUUGUUGCUUUGAGAAGCGUGUGUGUGUGUGUGUGUGUGUGUGUGUUUGUGUUUGCAAAGGGGUACAAGGAGCUGGAGUAGGAUGAUCAUUAUCAGCCACCAUUUCCCAAUAGCCAGGAUGCUCAGCAAUGAGUACCUGAACCUGAAGAGAAGCAGAUGCUCAGAGAUUUCCAUAGGAAGUCUGCAUUUCUUUCAGCAUCAAACUGUUCACUAAUGCCCUGCUCUUCUCCAAAGACAAUGGCAGGCUCCAGUUUUAUCAAAACCUACACAUUUAAUUAUACCUCAUGCCUUUUGCAUUCUUGGAUUCAUCAAUACACACCUAGGGUGACCUUGUAGAGAUUUGCUCCUCUUGUGUUUUCACCCUCCUCCCGCUGAAGUCAGCAGUUUCUGACUGCAUCUGGAGCAGGAUCUGACUCACCCUACUGAACUAACAGAUUUCUGAUGGAAUUUGAAGUCUGUAAUAUUUCUUUCAGAUAAUAUAAACACUUUGCAUUGUGGAAAUGUUUUACUUACAUUUCACAUCAAUUCUUUAUAACAAUUACAGAAAAGACAUUAAAUUACUACUAGCAGAAACACUGUAACUUCUAUCUGUUGUCCACAAAGUAUUUGCCUAAUGCCUUAUAGCUGGUGUAGAGAACUACUUAUAGAGAUUCAAAUGCUAAGCAGGUGAUUGUUGACCAUCCUCAGCAGACAUCUAUUAGUGCACUGCCAGCAGCAUAAUUGUGUUCACUUCGUAUCGUUCAUCCUAUGAGCUAAAAUGUGUCUUGAGUUUUGCUCUCAGAAGAUGAAACUGGCUCUUACUGAAAAAAAAAAAAACCUGAAGGCUGAAGGGAGCCCUAGGUCACAUCCAAGGGCUAAGUAAUGCCCUAAGUAAUGUGUGUUUGAGAUGUACCUGUCAGUGUGCAGUGACCCUCUGGCUCCCACUGUAGCAGUGGGAGGAGCCUGUAGUUAACAGCGCUGCCUGUGGGAAAACUGUCAUUACAGCUUGUUCUUUUUAAGGUUAGGGAUGGAGAAUUCAGGGCCUUGGGAUUUCUGUGAGCUACUGAGUUACCUCAGUUGCCCCCACUUUGUCCUAUGUGGCUUGAAGACACUGAGAGUUAAGACCACAGAGCCUUCUCAGGACCUUGAGAGUUGAUUUCUAAGGAUAACAUACAGAGAGGUUAGUUUGGAGCCUUACUUGGAAUUUAGGCAUCAACAUGUGGAGAGGUCCUUGGAGUAGCCUGGCAGCAAGAAGAAAACUGAAAGUCCGCUCCUUCUAACAAAAGACCUGCUGAUCUAGAGGGGCUCCCUCAGUCUGUCCUGACCUGCUAGAUUUCUAUUCCAAGCAAUACAGGCUCCCAGCAAAGUCUCCAGCAUGACAUCCUUCCUCCCAUGCAGCCUAGUGUUCAAAACAUGAACAGUUAAGCUAGAUGGGCCCCAGGGCUGAGGCAGACUGAGGAUCAGCUGAUAAUGCUUUCCAGCAACUGACCUCCAACCUGUGUCAUGACAGCACAGAUCACCAGAUCUUUGUGCACCUCCUCUUUACGUGACCACUUUCAUCAGGUGGGCCCUCACUCACUGUAGCCUACAAGUCCAGGUGCUAGUGGAAGGCCAGAGACAAGAAUCUGUUCUUGCCAACUCCUCUCAGCUUGUUCCCUGCAUCUUCCAGCUUGAGAUGUCAUUUGUGGCUUCCCUUUUACAGGCACCCACAAAGGCAGCUGUAGGAGCAUGGUUUCUAACUUUGAAUCAGAAAGACAUGUUACCACAGCUUGUAGAGACAGGACAUGGGGCAAUGGUUUUAAACAGGAAAAGGUUAGAAUUAGAUUGGAAGGAAGAAGUUCUGCAUGAUGAGAAUGGUGAGGCACUGGAGUGAGCUACUCAGAGAAAGUUGUGGAUGCUCCAUCCCUGGCUUUGUUCAAGAUCAGGUUGGAUGGGGCUUUGAGCAACCUGGCCUAUUGGAAGGUGUCCCUGCCCAUGUCAGUGGGGUUGGACUAGACCAUCUUUAGAGAUCCUUUCCACCCCAAAUCAUUUGAUCAUGCUAUUGUUAGCUUGCUGUAAUGACAUGUCAAGAUUCAAGGCACCUUAUAAUCUCUCUGGAUUUCAUCCCAAUAAACCUGACUCAGACCUGAGAAUACUUUAUAGUGUUAUCCUCAUAGUGCUCCAAGGCCCUUCUGCUUUCCUUCCCCCUUUAUCCUUCUACUACUGAUCUAUGAGCAGUGAUGCUCUGUGCACUGGGAGGCUGUGAAAGAGGAGAUGCUGGGAGUGAUUUUCAAACACCCAGGUAGGAUCUAGAGGUCUGAUCUGCUUCACAGAGUUCCAGCAAGGUCACAACUAUGUUUUCCCUUCUGUCCCUUCCCCACAUUAUGUAGUCUUGUGUACUACACUUUGACUUGAAGGGCAGUUGGAUGUCUGAUUGCUCCUUGCACCUUCCUGAGACUCCUCCAUGACAAUCCCUCUCCCUCCUCUUUGUUCUUCAGCCUUCUUCCUUUUCCUGGUUUAUUUGUAUACUGGAGUUUUACUGGAUAAAUAGGGAGAAGAAUGAUCUGGGUGUGUGCACAGAGGGAAAUUACCUAAGGUACUGUGCCAUCAAAGCAUAUUUUAGAUACUGAAAGACAGAUACCUGAAAUACUGAGUCUUCAAGUAGGCUUUAUUUCUGGGUCUGUAGAAAAAUAAAAAAAAUAGAGGGAAUUUUGCUUAGGCUGAUUACUGGCAUCAUAUUUAUAGAUAUUUAUGGAAAGGAAUCAUGUGUUUAUUGAUGUCUGUGGUAAUGAACGUGAAAUAACGUGCUUUUUGUUUUCUCAUCAGGUUUAUACAUUCUUAACAGAAUGCAAUAGACCCUGCUGUAACUGUCAACAUCAGUGAUGGAUGACAAUAUUUGUAUGAGGUUAUCUGUAAAAUGUACUGCUGUUAUUCAGUUCAUUUGGAAUAGUGAACUUGUAGCCAACAAUGUACGAGUCCCACAUUUUAGCUAGGAUUUAAAGAGCACAGUGAAAUGCUGUAGGAGUUUCUCUGUUGUUAAAUUAAUAGGAUCCAGAGUACCGUAUCUACUUAGUAGGUGGUAGCAUGCUUUCUUUUCAUAGAGAGUUUAUCACUAUCGUGAGCACUGCGAAUUUCAUAGACUGGAUGAAAAAUUGCUCCUAGUAAGUGCAACAAAAUACUUUAAACUUCUCUUUUGCUUAAUAGCAACAGUUGAGUGGUGAGAGACAAAGAAGGAGUAAUUAGGAGCAGGGGCUUCUAUAAGAUCGCAGGAGUUAAUCCUACACUGAAAAGAUAGACUUGCUGCCUCUCCUAGUCCACAGCACAUUGCAAAGAAAAUAGUCUUGAGCUUAAACCGCCCUUUCAGUUGCAGAAUACAGCUACCUUUCUCUGGCUGGCAGCAAACAUGCCUAAUAAGUAAAACACAGUGGCUUGUUAUUUGAGAACAGUAUCUUGAAAGCUGUGAUCUCUCUGGGUGAUGCUUGCUCCUGGUCAGAGAGCCAAUGUCAAAUCUGUGCACCAGCACAACUCUUUAGUAGGGCUCACACAGACCCAAGCAGUGCCCGGCCACUGUGUGGAGCUGGGGGGGAAAGGCCAGCCCCAUCCUGUGAGGGCAGGGACACCCACCUGUCCUUGAAGGCUGUUGUCCUGAGCUGCAUACAGAUCCAUAGCUUGUGCUCCUCUUGGAACAGGUCAUUUGUGCAAAUGCAGUUUUGAUGUUACGUGGGUUUUGUCUGUACAUCUGCCUUACAUGGCAUAAGCACCACAGCUCUCUCUGAUACUGAGUAUUAACAAUAGCAACCAAUGGUAUCUCGUCGUUAAUUUAAUACGUUUCUUUGCUUGAACCUUACAUUAAGGCUAAAGAGCAUCUUGAUCAAAACAAAACUCUUUCCAUGUGGUGUUAUCCCACCUCCAGUCCUAAUGUGUCACCCCGGUGCCUUUAGGAGAGAGGCACAGCAGAAUGUAUUCAGGUCCAUCAGCAGUUCCACGAGAUGGCUUUAUCUCCUGGUGCCAGGCUGCUCGCUUAAACCGUUCCCGAGAGCACUUGGCAUCAGGAAAGUCCUUAUUCCCUAUAAGGUACACAAAGAAUGUUUUAUUUGUAUCUAAUGUAAGGAUUUCUGUAACAAACUGUGAAAAAGAAAAAAAAAAAAAAGGAAAAAAAAAAGGAUAAUGGAUUAAUAAAAAGUACAGGGCUGGAAAGGUCUAGAAUUCACGAAUUGUACACAUGCCUAUGUUUCUGAAGAUAAAUCUAUGCAGUUGUGUUUUACUGUAGGAAAUUUCAUGUUUAUGUACAUAUAUAUAUUGUAAAUAAAUAGGAUGCUGUAUAUUUUUGCAGUUGUUUAUCCCCUAUGAUAUAUAAGUGUUGAGAUAGGCUCUGCAUAUUAAGAAUAAUUUUAAUAGAAAGACAAAUGCUUUAGCUUCAGACUUAGCAAAAUCUAUAUCUUUUCCUUUCUUCCAAGAGUUGGCAAUUUAAAUCCUGAACUUGAAAUUAUAAUUACAUUGCUAAUGUAAAAAUAGCAAACCAAAAAUAUAUAAUAAAAAAAAAAAAGAAAGAAAAAAAAAAGGAAAAAAAGCAAAAAAGGUCCAAUGAAAUUGCUAGGUAUAAUUGCAGCACAUCUCCCUGGUUUCUCCAUAGCAAGUCUCUCCUAGCACAGAGGGCACAGUUAUUGCCCUCAGUUCCUCAGCUGAGGUCAGGUGGCAGCAGCACACCGACACAGCCAUAUGCAGAAGGUGGAGUAAGCUGCAGCCAGCAACCUGCCCUAAUGUUAUGCCACUUUGAUUUUCAGGCAUAGGUAUCGAUAUUUUCCACGGAAGGCAACUAGUACAGAUAGAAGUCAGACAAGGACUUCUGCACUUCCGUUUCAGCCAGCAAAAACGUAGUUGAGACAUGAAGUAUCACAUGCCAGGGUAGGUGACAGCCACUGCAGUUGGUGCUGGUUUAGCCUGUGCCCUGCAGCUCCCCCACCACAGCCCCAGGCAUGCUGCUAUCUAUCUGUAACCACAACACUAGCACCUCCUGUGCUGGGAGGGUAUCAGCCACACAGGGAUGGCUUGCACAUCCCUUAGUAUGUAUGAUGAACCGGACGCCAACAUUUUGUUCAGGGGAUGGCUGCAUGUCCGGGGUGCAGGGGGUGGAAGGGAACCACAGUUGUGUAAGUCCCGAGAGUGCCUCGACAGGAGUGCAGCCUCAGUGCUGCAUGCAGAGAGUCUCGCUGGUAAAGCGUGGAAAUGUGUUUUUCAGGAUUGAUGGAAAGCGGAGGUUGAGAAAUGCAUCUAAAAAUAAUUGUAUUUUUUCCAUGUUUAGUUUAUGGCCUUGGAUGAAAAUGAAACUUGAAAUAACAUUUGCUUUCACCGUGAGCACAAAUUUGAGGAACAAAUUAUAUGCAGUCGCUUCUACGGAGCUUUUCAAAUUAAUAGGACGUUUUGUUUUCACUGUUACAGCCAACAAAAUGCAAACUGUAAAGGUAUAUUUCCACAAGACUUGAACUUGUUUAUAGAAAUCUGUUUAUAGCAUCCCAAGGUAUGUUAAGGCUCACCCAGACCCAAUGUAAACAGUACUGUUUGAGUGAUGUACAUUCGAUACGAGCUCAUUUCUACUAGAUUGUUCAAGUGAGUGAGUGGUAACAUUUUGCUCCUGCUAUCAUCAUCAUACUUUGUGCUCUUCAUGUUCAAAUAAAUGAUGCAGUUUUCAGUUUCAGUGUGUAAAUAAACUGAAAAAAAAAAUGUAUUAUGUUCUGUAAUCUCUCUGUUACCUCUAUAGUUUUUGAACAUUAAAAUUGUGAUCUAAACUAUC